AUGGCAAGCGCAUUUGGCAUUCGCCUGGCCCGUAGGCCUGGCCUGCACACAAACUGGGUCUGCAAUGCAUGUCGGGCAUUUUCCAUGUCAGCAGCGGAUCAAUCAGGACACAGCCGGUGGUCAACAAUCAAGCACGACAAAGCGAAGAAUGACAAGGCGAAGAGCAAAGAACGGGGAAUAUUGACCCAGGAGCUUAUCAAUGCAUCGCAACUAUGGGGACCCGAUCCGAAAAAUAAUCCGCGUCUACAACUUGCAAUAGCAAGAGCGAAGCAAUCACAGAUACCAAAAGCCACAAUAGAAGCGGCAAUCGCUCGGGGCCAAGGUGUCUCAGCUUCAGGGCAAGCUCUCGAGGCGGUUACAAUCGAGGCCAUGUUGCCUGGAACUGUUGCCGCCGUUAUCGAGUGUAUGGCUGAGAACAAGGCUCGUGUUUUGCAAGAUGUCCGAUUCAUGAUUAAGGAUAACGGUGGUAACGUGACGCCGACUACUUAUCUCUUCGAGAAGAAGGGGAGGUUGGUAUUUGAAAAGAAAGAAAACACCAAUCCAGACGACUAUUUAGACCAAGCAGUCGAGGCAGGCGCAACAGACAUAGAUACGGAUGCCGAAGGAAGGCUUGUUGUAUAUACCGAACCAACGGCAACCAAAUUGGUGGCAGAAGCUAUGUCAAAAUCCACUGGCCUGGUUAUCGAGCAAUCACAGAUUAUUUGGGAUCCGAUCAAAGACACGAUGGUCAAAGUUGAAGAUCAAGAGCAACUCGGCCAGCUUGAGGAGAUCCUAGCUGCCCUGCGGGAGGACUCAAGCGUUCAAGGCAUUUAUUUAAACACGAUACUCUAG